AUGCCUUCGACACAGCAGAAUUCGCUCGAAACGAAAUAUUUCACAUAUUCCUCUGGAUAUCUGUGUAACUAUUCUUUGUUUGUCAUCAUCAUCAUCAUUGACAGCAUGAUGUCAGUGUUCAACACCGAUGCUUCACUGCCGUACAACCAUGAUUUAUUUGAAAGCCUUAUUGUGAAGAAAAGAAUAAGGGUGAACGAGGGUUGGCCACCUCUCUGUUUACCCCACUCUGAACUGGGCAUGGAGAACAGCGAUCCAUUGAGCUAUACUGGGGAGUGUCCCCGCGACACUCAUAGAGUCUCUCAUACCAGAGGUCUGACGAACACAAUCUCCUGGCCCUCCAGGUUGGGGGUUGGAACAUGUGGCGACUUGCUCCGUAGAAAUGGUAAUGCAUUUGCAUUUCCCACCAAACACCGCUGCCUUGCGGUUAGGCUUUUGACCCAAAGUCUUUGGUUGAGGACCCUAAUCGUCCUCCUGUCUAGGUGUGGGUGCCCUGGCAGUAUCCCCGCCCUCAAUAGUUUGAAGCUCUCCAUUAAACUAACUAGUCCUUCUGAGGGUUCGGGCAAACCUGUAACGGCACUCAAAGUGAAAACGCAUUCGUUUCAGUGGACAUGGCGGUUCAGGCUAAUCCAGCGUGCACCUUGCAAUCCCGAUUUCAACUCAAGGCAUAGGCAAGGAUGUGCUUUUCUAAGGAGCACCAUUGAGAAGAAAAUUCGAUUCCACCGCAUCCCCAAUCCAGUUUUAACUAACCAAAAUGCUCCUAUUUGUUUGGGAGGGGGCGAGAUGGAUCAGGCCCGUGGUUCGAACCCGACCUCUGGCUCUCGACUUCCCCUGUCUAGGCUUGGGCAACCUGGCAUUAUCCCAGCUCUUGUACUCCCUUCGUGGCAGCUAGGCACCGAAAGGGUGCUACAGCCGAACGAUUUGUUUUGGAUGCAAGUUGCUGAAAACUUCUCGACAGUACACGACAGGUUUUGGCCUUCUUGGGGCUCAUCAGAUAGGCGCAGUUCCCGAGUUCCCGUCAGCCUUAUUUUCUACUUGAACCCAACUUGUACGAAAUCAGAAAGAUACAGUCGUUUGAUAGGAGAUUCAACUGAAUUCAGCUGA